CGUUUCGUCUCUUGAAGUUCUUGUUCUUGAAAUCCGUGCUUUCCGUAAUCCGCCUUUUCCCUUUUUUUUUCCCAUUCUUUUCUUUGACUUGUGUACCCCUGUUUUGCUUUCCUCAUCUCUGCAAAGAAUAUAAGAACAACCAAGGUUCUGUUUUCAUGCUUUUGGAGUUUUCUGAUAAAGCCAUGUCUCUGUCAUUCCGUGUUCUAUCUUCUUUACAUAUAGUCUGUAAAAUCACGGUCAGGAGAUCAGUAUAUGUCAAGUAAAAUAUGCUUCUUUGCUAGGAUCAUAUGCAGUUUUCACGUUUAUCGCCCUGAAAAAUAUAUUCGAGAUGAUGUGAGAAGAGCAUCAUUCAUAGAACCACGAACUCAUCAUGUUUUCAAGACAUGGCAUCACUUUAUUGACUUGAUAACGGACACGUGCUCGUACUCCAUGCUUUCGAUGUCACUAUCAACCAGCGUCAUCCCCUGAUCACUCGUCUUUAAAACUCGACCUGCUCUCUGAAGUAUUUACGUCUCCCUAAAAUAUCUACGUCCCCGAGAGAAAUUCGGAAAAGGGUGCUCAGGCGAUUGUCUGCUCAUUCUAUUCCUUAUAUUCUCCAUUGAUUUCGCCAUCACAACUACAGGGGAAUUUGAGGAAGGGCUGAUCAAUGGCUAAGGAACAGCUGCAGGUGCUCAAUGCCCUUGAUGGAGCCAAAACACAAUGGUACCACUUCACGGCGAUCAUCAUCGCCGGCAUGGGCUUCUUCACUGACGCGUACGACCUAUUCUGCAUCUCCCUCGUGACGAAGCUCCUCGGCCGCCUGUACUACACCGAGCCAGGCUCGCCCACCCCGGGCACUCUGCCUUCCAAUGUGUCGGCGGCGGUCAACGGGGUCGCCUUCUGCGGGACCCUUGCAGGCCAGAUCUUCUUCGGGUGGUUGGGCGACAAGAUGGGCCGGAAGCGGGUGUACGGCAUGACCCUCAUGCUCAUGGUCCUCUGUUCCAUUGCCUCGGGCCUCUCCUUCGGUAAGGAAGCAAACGGGGUGAUGGCAACCCUUUGCUUCUUCAGGUUCUGGCUCGGGUUCGGCAUUGGCGGGGACUACCCUCUUUCCGCCACCAUCAUGUCCGAGUAUGCGAACAAGAAGACUCGUGGUGCCUUCAUCGCAGCCGUUUUCGCAAUGCAGGGUUUUGGGAUUUUAGCUGGAGGGAUGGUUGCUAUAGUUGUCUCCUCGGUCUUCAAGGCUAGAUAUCCCGCUCCGGCCUAUGAAGACAAUCCAGGCCUCUCCACCAUCCCGCAAGCUGACUUCGUGUGGCGGAUGAUUUUGAUGUUCGGUGCGCUUCCGGCCGCUCUCACAUAUUACUGGCGGAUGAAAAUGCCCGAAACAGCUCGUUACACCGCUCUAGUGGCCAAGAAUGCCAAGCAAGCCGCAGCCGACAUGUCGAAGGUUCUCCAAGUCGAUUUGGAAGCAGAGCCAGAGAAGGUCCAGCCAAAGGCGCAAGGGAACGACUUUGGCUUGUUCUCGAGACAGUUCGUCCGGCGCCACGGGCUCCACCUGCUCGGCACGACAAGCACCUGGUUCCUGUUGGACAUCGCCUUCUAUAGCCAGAACCUUUUCCAGAAAGACGUCUUCACGGCCAUCGGUUGGAUUCCAAAGGCGAAAACCAUGAACGCCAUAGAAGAGUUGUACCGGAUUGGGCGUGCCCAGACCUUGAUCGCCCUCUGCAGCACGGUCCCAGGGUACUGGUUCACGGUGGCGCUCAUCGACAAGAUCGGGAGGUUCGCGAUCCAACUGAUGGGCUUCUUCUUCAUGACAGUGUUCAUGUUCGCUCUGGCCAUCCCUUACCAUCACUGGACCUUGCCGGACAAUCGACUCGGGUUCGUGAUCAUGUACUCACUCACCUUCUUCUUCGCAAACUUCGGCCCCAACGCCACCACAUUCGUGGUCCCCGCGGAGAUCUUCCCAGCGCGGCUCAGGUCGACGUGUCAUGGCAUAUCCGCCGCGGCCGGCAAGGCCGGGGCCAUGGUGGGCGCUUUCGGCUUCCUGUAUGCAGCAAACGGGAUUGGCGUCAGGAAGGUCCUGAUCAUCCUUGGCGUGAUCAACUUCCUUGGGAUGGUCUUCACCUUUCUGGUGCCGGAGUCGAAGGGCCGUUCCCUCGAGGAAAUGUCUGGAGAGAACGAGGAAGAGAAUGCAGCCUAGCUGAGGGGCUGUCCCGGUUUGAACAUGGCGGUUCGCCCUUCCAAUCUGUGCUCUGCCAAAUCCAUCAUAUGACUCGCAUCCAGCUAAAAACCAAAAGUUCAACCAAACUAGAGCGCAUAAAAAUCAUCCUCUAAGUCAAGUCACGCGGGCUAGAGCAGUUAAGUAGCUCAAGAAACGUGUAGAAAAUGUACUUGCUCUUGAUUUCACCUGUCUUUUAAGCUAUGAUUACUCUUGUCUAAUCAAACAUAAGUGGAGAAGGCGACAAUGAUUGUUCUUCUAAAGUUGGAAGACCGGGAGUUGGGCCAGAGUCUAAGGUCAGCCAUGGUUUACCACUUGACACGAAUUUACAAUUCGACAUCCUUCUUCCUCACUUGACCUCAA